GCAAGAGAGAGUCUCCGAAGCACACUAGUGAGUUUUGCGACGUCUCGAAACGAAUUUCCGAGCGUAGCCUAUCCGCCGCUAGUCAGGCAGGCAGGCACCGCUCCUCUUGGGAGGGCUUGCGAUCGCGAUAGCGCUGGCGGUAUCCUUCGCGUGCUCCGCGUGCGACGAUCGCUGUGCGACUGUACUGCGUGUGCGACGUCGCCCGGCGACGGCAUGGACGCGGCGAAUCUGAAGCUCGCGGAGGGGCUUGUGUCGCCGUCGUACGUGCGACAGGGCGGUCAGUCUCUCGCGCAGCGACACAACAUGGUGAAGAGCCUCUUAUCUCAGAGGAAGCUCCCAAGGGACGGUUGGGACGACGACACCAUCGAACUGCUGCUCAAGGACCUAGCUUUGAUGGACAGCAGCGGGUUCAAGGGCGGGGUGGGCAUGGGGGAGAGGGAGGCUCGGUGUGCGAGUGGGCUGGUGAGGAGGCGGCACUACGGCAUGACCCAUGGCAUGGGGCGGUCAGGGAACAUCACCGACGAGCAGCCAAAGGCUGCAGGGUCAACCCUGGCAUGUCGCCUCGCCAAUCUGCUGGUGAAGGACGCCCUCUCACUUGCAGGGCUCACAGACAUAUCAGCAGUGACGGUGCUGCCCGUGGCUACAGGCAUGGCCCUCACGCUUUCUCUCCUUGCUCUCAAGACCAGCCGACCCUCUGCGAAGUACGUGCUGUGGUCUCGCAUCGACCAGAAGACAUGCCUCAAAUGCAUCCUCACAGCUGGACUCAUACCCGUGGUAGUUCCUCUCGAGUUGAACGGUGACCAGCUCUGUACCAACCUCCCGACCUUGGAGCGAGAAAUUGAGUCUCGAGGGGCGGACAGCAUUCUCUGCGUCCUCUCCACCACCUCCUGCUUCGCUCCCAGAGCCCCUGAUAAUGUCGAGGCCAUAGCCCGUCUCUGCGCCCGCCUCGAAAUCCCCCAUAUAAUAAACAACGCGUACGGGGUGCAGAGCGCUGACAUCUGCGCUGAGGUCAGCCGGGCGUGGAGGAGGGGGCGAGUGGAUGCGGUGGUCCAGAGCACAGAUAAGAACUUUCUGGUACCGGUUGGGGGGGCUGUAAUCGCUGCUGGGCCUAACAAGUCAACGCUGGUCAAUGCAGUCAACGCCUCGUACCCAGGUGGGGCGUGCGUCCAUCUCGCCCAUCCUGGAUGUCCUCAUAACGCUGCUCUCGCUGGGCGCCAACGGGUGGCAGGCGCUGCUGCAGGAGAGAGAGGACCUCUUUCCUUACCUGAGAGACAGAAUGCGAGUGGUGGCUGAGAAACACGGCGAGCAUGUGCUGCAGUCGCCACGCAACCCGAUCUCCCUGGCGAUGUCACUCUCCUCGCUCACCCCUGCACAUCUGCCUGCUGGGGUCGCAUGUGGUCCCGCCGGCUCCACAUGCAAUUCUGCUGACGCCACACACAUGCAUGCUGAUGUCACUCGCGGUUCUUCGAACUCCAUGCUCCAACAUGCUGCAGAGCCAUCUGCCGUGGCAGCAGCAAAAAGAGAAGCAGUAGCACAGCCAACAGCAGCAUCAUCGUCAUCAUCAUCAGCAGCAGCAGCAGCGGCAGCAGGAGGAGAAGAGUCAGCAGCAGUACCAUCAGCAGCGGGGGGAGAGGGGCUGAGAGGGGCAGAUGAGAUGAGAGGUGCUGCCGCAUCAGAGAUGCUGCUGACAACUUCAGCUGGAGCCGCUGAGCCACUCACAACUUCUGCCACAACUUCUGCCACAACUUCUGCCACCCCUCCUGCCGCCACUCGUGCCGCCCCUCAUGCCGCCCCUCCUGUCGUGCUUCUCCCCUUAUCUCCCCCGCCCCAUCCACCUGCAGGCCCCAUCGCUCCCCCUAUCCUCGCCCCCACUGCUCCCCCUAUCCUCGCCCCCACUGCUCCCCCUA